AUGGCCGUCAAACCCAUCACCGGCAUGCUCCGACGACAGGUCGUGCUCGACCUCUCCGUCGCCAUGGGUCUCGGCGUCACUGCCGGCUAUGGCUGGUGGUACGGCUACCACGUCCCCGCCGUCCGUCACCGUGACGCUUUCUACCAGAAGCUAGAAGAUGAGCGCGCGUCGGCUCUCGGCCAGAAAUAA